UGAUCGCGUAUAAAGUAUAGAUGUCCAGAGUUUCCAUGGUAACAAUAGAUGUAAAUAUAAAUCGUGACUAGUACACUUUAGGUACGAUAUGAGUUUACUACCAGUUUGUCACAUGAGUUUGCAUAAAUCAUUAAAAUUAAAUACAAAUAAAACAUAUUAAUGUACCAUAUUUUAUAUCCCAAAAAAAGUAAAAUAUAAUAUGUACCAUGGAAGAAGAAAUAGACCUGGAUGUUAUAAAAGCAACGCAAGUAUCACUAGGAAAAUAUAUUAAACGACCGCCUUUAAGCGAAAAGUUAUUAAAGAAACCGCCAUUUCGUUUUUUGCAUGAUAUUAUUACUACUGUUUUAAAGACCACGGGCUUCUUCGAAGGGUUAUAUGAUGAAAAUGAAUUGAUAUCAGAAAAUGUAAAAGACAGAGAAAGUAAAAUAUCAUUUCUUAAUAAAGCUAUAACAAUAUUAAGUUCAACUACUGGAAAAUCACUUUUAGCAAAGCCCUCUAAAAUAGUAGCUGGUCAAGAGCCAAUAAAAACAAACGAGUUGCUUCAGUGCUUAGCUUCAGCUUUAGAUAACAAUUUAAGUUCUGACGAAGCCGUAAAAAAAUAUAAAGAGAAUACAAAAAAAACAAGUAAAGAUCGAUUAGAACAAAAAACAAAAGAGCCCAAUAAACUCAAGAAAAAAGGCCAAGACCCGAAAAAAAGUGAAAACUUAAAAAAUCACAAAACCGAAUCCAGUGAAAUUAUUAAUAUUAAGAAAGAUAAAGAAAAAUCUAAUGAUAACAUCAAAAAAAAGGGAAAUGGUCCUGUCAAAAAUGAUUUACGCAUUAAAGAUACGCCCGUUAAACUAAUACCUAAAAAAGUAACGAGUGAGACUAAAUUACAGUCGCAAAGCAAAGUUCGGUCAACACUGACAGUUGAAAGUAGCAAACAGGUAAAUCAUGAGGGAAUUGAAAGUACCGACGAAAACCAUACCAAAGAUAUUACUUGUGAGGAAUCAACAAACAAUACCGAAAUUAUAGAAGUACACACUGGCGGAGAAGACAAUAUAACACAUUCUACUGCAGAAGUAGACAUAACAUCUACACCGAGUGAGAUCACUGCAGACGUAGAUAGUCAUAAAUUAAUACAGGACAAUUCAAAUGAUAAUAAAAAAUGUAUUCAAGAAGAGCCUAAUGAAAAUAUAGUAAAUGCUCGUAAGAAUAGCCUGCAUAUAAAUGAGAAUUUAAUACACGAAACACAAUUAAGUAGUAUGAUAGAAAACAAUCAUGUAAAUGGUUCAGAAAGUUUAAUAAUACCUUCAGUGCAACCAGAUCUAGAAAAAAAUGUGUGUUUAUCAACUCCUAAAAAAAACGACUCAAAUAUUGCUCGAUCAGCUAGCGUGCGACCUUCAUCUUCUAGACCUGGAGCCCCACGCCCAAAAGAAAAGUUCGAAAAUGUUAUGCCUGACACUGAUAGUCAUCUUCUUGGUAAAGUAAAUAUUAUAACGGAACACACUCAAAAUGAAGAGGACGACGACUCAAGUUUAAUAAUCACGGAACAACAAGAGGGUACUUUAAUAAUGUCGAAAGAGAACCACCAAAACCUUACUGAAUCACUAAACGAUCAUGGUCAUUUAGUGCAACAAAUUCUAGAUUCACAAAAAGAAUUUAGUCAAGUUACUGGAAAAACAGAAAUCGAAUGGCAGCUCGGGGCGCAAAAAGCUAAAGCAGCACAACAUAAGGAAGUUGAACUAUUAAGAUAUAAUAUUCAAGCUCUAACAAGAGUAACUAACCCUUUAGGAAAAUUGUUGGACCACAUUCAGGAAGAUGUCGAAGUAAUGCGGCAGGAACUACAACAGUGGUCGAACAUUUACGAAGAGGUGUCAAAAGAAAUAAGUAAACAAAAAGCGUUGAGUGAACACUCUCUUCAUCCUCUUAAUACAAAAUUAAAACAAUUAGAGUUGGAUAUACAAGAAAAAAAUGAAAAAAUUAAUGAUGUCAAAGUAUUGAUUUACAAAAACUCAUCCAGAAUCGAAAAACUUUUGUCGAAUGGCAAUGUGCAAUAAUGAUUUCAUUGUUAAUCAGGUUUAAUUUUGUAACUUAAACCAAAGAAUUUUGUUAUUCGUGUGCUAUAAAUGUACACAUAAUAUUAAUUUUAUUUGAUUAUUUUUGUUAUGUCUUUGCCUAAUGGUAUGACUAUAGCUUUGACCUAUGCACUACUUAAAUGACAAGUGCUUAAUGUUGAGUAGGACAUACAAGA